UGCUUGCGAGCGGCCGAUCCAGUGUGCUGGGGGUCGCUGCUCGGGGGAGGCGCGCGGACGCGCAUUUGAGCGCCACAGCAGGCAUCGUCAUGGCCGAGCUGCACAUAGAGCCGAGCGGCACGGGCCCCAUGGAUCAGACUGAGGCCCGAUCGCUGCGCCACGCGUCGCCCACCCUCGCGGUGCCCCCGCGGAGCGCCGUGUCCAUCCCCGGGCUGGUGGCGCGGCCGACGUUCGGCUUCCCCGCGCGCGGCGGCAGCGCGAGCUCUCCGCCCGAGGCGCCGGAGAAGCCGGGCUCGCGCUGGGUCCGCCUCAACGUGGGCGGCACCUACUUCGUGACCACAAAGCAGACGUUAUGCAGGGACCCCAAGUCGUUCCUGUACCGGCUGUGCCAGGACGACCCGGACCUGGACUCAGACAAGGAUGAAACGGGCGCUUACCUGAUCGACAGGGACCCCACCUACUUUGGCCCAAUCCUGAACUACUUGCGCCAUGGCAAGCUGAUCAUAAAUAAAGAUCUGGCUGAGGAGGGCGUGUUAGAAGAGGCGGAAUUCUACAAUAUCGCCACGCUGGUGCGGUUGGUCAAGGAGAGGAUUCGAGACAAUGAGAACCGAACAUCACAGGGUCCGGUGAAACAUGUAUAUCGAGUGCUGCAGUGCCAGGAGGAGGAGCUCACCCAGAUGGUCUCCACCAUGUCUGACGGCUGGAAGUUUGAGCAGCUCAUUAGCAUCGGCUCCUCCUAUAACUAUGGUAACGAGGACCAGGCAGAGUUCCUGUGCGUGGUGUCCCGGGAGCUCAACAACUCCACCAAUGGCCUUGUGAUUGAGCCCACUGAGAAAGCCAAGAUUCUGCAAGAACGAGGGUCACGGAUGUGAAGAGGUUUACAGUUUGGAGCUUCCCAGCACACGCGCACACUCACACUCCCCAUCUCCCUCCGCAGAGGCGGAGGCGCCGUCAUCACAGCACCACCCCCACUUUCGGAGACUUGCAUAACAAGUCCCAACCACAACCCCGUCACUCCUUGUGCUUACAGGUGUUCAGUGCAGCCUCUUGAGAUGCCGUUUUUCAUCUUCAGUAUUUGUAACUACUUCAGCAAGAUGGCCAACAGGAAAAAAGGAUGUCGUUAAAUGGGUUCCUGAUUUUGGGGGAACAAGAUGUUUUGGCGCUGCGUUUGGUACUAAUGGCGCCGAUCACUUAACGAAGACGCAAUGCAAAGAAGAAGCUUUUGGUCUCUGUUCUCCCUGGACCUCCCAAACUUUCCAGUGCCCCGUGCCUUUUCAGGCUCUCACGAGGAGGAGGCGCUACAUUCUCAGUCACUGUCGUGGCUGGAACAGACAAAGGAGGAAACAAAGUAAAAUCAGAGUUAUGGUUCAACAGUGUCAAGCCCAGGCUCUGUUCUCUUCUCCACCGGUUGGCUUGUGGUCCCCUCUCGGGAGAGAAUAACACGACUCGGACCAUGACCUGGUUUGACCCUCUCCACCCACCCACGACGACAACUCGGUCACCCUCCCCAACCCUCUUACAGGAGCUUCUCACACUCUUCUUCGUGGUCACAGAUUGAAACCAUCAGGUAUUGAUGGAUGUCUGAAUACAGACUGGAAUUUUAAGUAACAUACAUACUGUAUGUAUUUGGUGUAUUUGUGUGUGCCCCUAUGUUUCAGAUCCACAUUAUGCAGAAAGUAUGUGGGCACAGAGUGUCAUAAGGAGCUUGUUUGUUCGCAUCUACAUUUUAUUUCACAGAAAAGCAUUUUCUUCCAGCGCACUUGAGGAAUACGUUUUCCCCCAUUUGAGUAUCACAGCUAAACAUUGAUAUGAUAGCUUCCAGUAAGGAGAUACAGCAGGCAUUGUGUUUAAGUGUUCUUGUUUGUUUUUUAAUUGUGGAUUUUAUUGCUGAUCACUGUCAUGUGAGAUAUUAGUUUGUUUUGCGCAGGCCAUAUUUCAUGAAGUGUCUUAACGAGACGUAUCUCUAAGAGUUGCCAGAGAUUAAUUUACUUCUGUGAUGCUUGCAGCAUCGGUACAUAUGAUGUAAUUUGUGCCCUCUGAACUCAUUAUGUCACCGAGGUUUAAACAACUAGAGAUGCAAUGUGAUCAAAAUGUCAAAAGUAUAUUCUCUUUUGCUGCUAGUCUCAGAAGUUCGAGGUGGUCAGCAAGGGCAGGUCAGGGUCUGGAGGGUUGGCAGCGCGUGCGUGACUGCCAUCACAAGAGCAGUUCGAAAACCCACAUCUAUGUAUAAUUCCUGCCUUCCAAUUGUAUAAUUACAUGCUCAUGUUGAAUGCAUCCUCAGUUUACCUAAAUGGGGACAUUUUUUUUUUUUUUUUUUUUUUCCCCUGUUGUAAUCCUUACCUUUUGUCUUUUGCAUUUCAACAUGUUAGUAGACAUAUUUUCAUAGGAGUGUUUUGUUCCAAAGGCUCGGUCGUUACUGUGCACUCCCAGGGUUAUGUACUAUACAUGCCACAGGUAGCUGGCAGCUUCGUGGUUUUUCAUGUUGGGA